AUGGAUCUUGCACGUUAUUUCAGUUUACGACGGAAGACUACCGGCAGUCACAACAGUACUCACGCAGCGCAUGGGAAAGACAGGACUUAUCUGCCCCUACUUGCAAGUCCGAUCAACGAAGAUGUCCUCGAAGUAGUGUCGGGUAACUCUUCAGAUUUGGAGAAGGUCAACACCCACACAAGCACGCUCGACAGUUCGAACGACACGGCUACAUUUGCUGGGAAUGGCAGGACAAGUCGCGGAAAUAUCAUCGUUUACAAACAACACACCGAAGCCAGUACGAUCGAGCUCUUCUACGAUCUCUUCUUUGUUGCCAAUCUUGCGUACUUUACAGCUAUGCAUCAGCAUACCGAUGCAGAAUCACUCAUCAACUACAUCAAGCUGUUCACGCUUAUGUGGUUUACGUGGCUGAGCGUCACACUUUUCGACGUGCGCUUCAGCAUCGACUGCGUCUGGAACCGUUUUCACAAAGCCAUACAGUUCGGCAUCUUCACAGGCUUUGUGUAUGCCGGCCCCGUUUUCGACAAGUACAGCACCAGCGGUGUCGAGAAAUCCUACCGGAAUUUUGCUAUCGUGCUCGUCAUCGGCAGAAUCGCAAUCGCUGUUCAAUACGCCGUAGUUAUGUGGCAAGGUCGCAUGUUCCGCCAGACAUUGAUUCCGUUAGGGCUCAGUGCAGGUGUACAUGCUGCUGCAGCGAUAUGCUAUGCCGUUACCAUGGUUGUAUUUCCCAAGGGCCGUGUUGGUCUUGAGGAACAACUCGCAUGGUAUGUAGUGUACUCCGCGUUCGGUUUCUAG